CUUUGCUGUUUCGGUCGGAAGUAUUUUUAUCAACAAUACCUAUCUAAAACUGAGUGGAGUGAAUUCUCUCUCGCAUUUUUUGCAAAUUGUUCAUGUAUAAGGUUGUUCUGUUCCUUAGCUUUUGUGAGAUAGAUCCUUUCCUCAGCUCUUGACUCGUUAAAAUUUAUGAAAAAGGGAUUUGGAAGAUCUCCACUGGGCUGGACUUGCCUUCAUGUUAUGAACUCACCGUCACCAUGGUGCAGAAAUCGAUAGAGUAACAAUCCAGUUUUUUCAACUGUUUUUGAAAAUAUUGAAGAAACUAUUCAGUUAAAAAUGAGUGAAAAUGGUGAUGAAUGUGGUGAUGGUGGAGAUAAAAACAUAUGCAGAGACUAUCUGCGUAAUGUCUGUUUUAGAGGAAAUUCUUGUAAGUACUCCCAUCCAGUGAGGAAAGACAAAAAGAAAACGUAUGUUUUCUGUCAUGAUUUUCAAAAUGGGAAGUGUUCCCGCAAAGAUUGUAUUUUCAUUCACUGCUCCCGGCAAGAUGAAGAAAUGUACAACAAAACUGGUGACCUACCUCCAUAUGUAGAAAUUCCUCUGAAAUGUGAUGAUGAACCUGUCUGCAAAGAUUUUCUGAAAGGAGAUUGUCAUCGCCCAAGGUGCAAGUUCCGUCAUGUGCUGCAGCGAGACUACUUUAAUGAUGACAGGCCUCACUUCCCGGAUCGCCCCAAUCCUCGCUCAAAUAACUCAGUGAAUUCUAGCGGUAGUGUGUUUCAACGGAGACCUGGAGCAGACAGUCGAGAUUAUCGAGAUAGAGAUUAUAAUGACAGAAAUGGUGUUGAUGAUAGGAUGAAUUUUAAGCGCAGAAGAUAUGAUGACAUGGAUGACUUUUAUCCACGGAGAAAUAAUUUCUCAGAUCGUGAUUCACAUUGGCUGGAGGGUGAAAAUAACUCGCUGAGGAAACAAGUUGCAGAUUUAAAGAGGAAGAUAGAUGACUUGCAGGCGACAAAUGAAUUCCUUCUUGAACAAAAUGCCCAGUAUAGGUUACGGGAAAAGAACCAGACUCUAGCUGCAAUGACAGUACCUGCUGUUACAAUCACAAACUCUCAACUUCCAUCAGGUCAGAACCAGAUGCAACCAACGCAGAUAUCACAACAAGUAAUCAGAACCGUGGCUGCAAGUGUUGCAACAGUCCCUGUGAGUUUAGCGGCUGUGACACCGGUAUCUCUAGCAGCAGUUUCAAUGGCACCAGUUGUAACAGUUGCUCAACAACAAACUACCAUGGCUUUAUCUGGGGCCAGUCAACCCCUUGUGUCUUAUCCUAUCGUUACACGAUCAGUCCUGCAGAACAAUAUGCAACACUAAUGAGAUGGAAAUUAAAUGGUGUCAUGAACUGAAAACCAAAACGAUUCUCUCUAUGGUGUUUUUUUUUCAAAUUCGUCCACUGAUCUAUCCUUCCUAACUUUAUCAUGUUGUUAUCGCAUGAUAUUCUUUAAAUAGUUGUUGUGUGUACCUUGUAACCUUUCAAAUUCUAGUUUUUAUUUCACAAACGAUUCCCCUUCUUUUUUUCAUGUUUUGUUUUACUUGAUAUGCUUGCUUAAUGUUAGUAGUGCCCUUUUUUUAAAAUCAACCCGUACCCUGUUAUUAAUUUUCAAGGGGUAUGAUUUGUUUUUAUGCACUUAUGACACAGAUAUAUGUAAGGAGUGUAAUUGCUACAUAAAAAUGUUAAUGUUCCCAGCUAGACACGUACUGUAGGCAUUAUGUGCCUACUUAUCGAUCUCUAAGUCUAAAAUAGUUUUGACUACUCUUAGGCUGUUUCAUUUAUAAGUGAUCUUUCAGAAUGAAAGUUUGCAUUAUUCCGUACACAGAGAAGUUUUGAAUGUUUUUUAAACUUUUUCUCCUUUUUUUUGCUGUCAUUCAUAGAAAUUUUGACAAAAUUAUAAAUGGAUUUCCGAAAAAAA